AUGAAAACACUUCUCGUCCUCGCUCUCUUGAGUGCAGCUGGUGAGUUUCCAGAAGCCUUAAUGAAACAUGAUAAUGAAAAAGAGUUGGAAUUACCCGAUGAUUUUAAUAUCCCAUACAUGGCCUAUCUGAAGUCCAGCCCAGAGCCUUGCGUGGGGUCUCUCAUUCACCCCCAGUGGUUGGUCACCGCUGCUCAUUGCCCUUUACCUGCUAAGAUCCGACUGGGAGUUUAUCAUCCCAGUGUGAAACAUAAGGAAGAGCAGAUACAUAAUUAUGAAUUGACUGUGACCCACCCUGAAUUUGAUGCACGAACCAUGAAAAGCGACCUGAUGUUGGUAAAACUCUCCAAGCCUGCUGUGAUAAACACACGUGUGGGAACGAUAGCCAUAGCUAUGGAACCCAUGCCAUAUAAUGACUCAUGCUUUAUUCCAACCUGGACCUGGAAUGAAUAUAAAAACUUCAGUGAUCCUGACCUCCUGACAUGGACGAAUCAGCAUUCUCUUCCCCAAACUGACUGCUGGAACAUGCUCCAAGAGCAACAACAAGAAAAAGGAAUGAACAUCAUGUGUAUAGGACAGCCACUUGAAGUCAUAUCUUCAAUUAAGGAAGUCUCAGCUGCUCCAGCCAUCUGCAGUGGGAGGUUGUAUGGAAUACUGUCCUGGGCGAAAGCAGGUAUCACUCUUGGAAGUGAAGCAUUCUUCACGGAAAUUCAUCCCUAUGCAAAAUGGAUCAUGGAUACCAUGCAGUCUCACUGA